UGGAAAGAAAUGCGUUGCCGGAGAAUGAAAUUUGGUAAGAACCAUGUUUCUGUGACGACUUGCAGCUGCUUGUAACUCGUAUUAGCUUUGUUGUAUAUAGUGCGUACAGAAUGGAAUGGAGACGCAAAGCCAUUGGCGUGCAUACGGGUUUUAGAGCGUGCUGGCUCAUGGUAGCAUGUAUCUGGUUGGAGAACCAAGCUGUGGAAGGUCAACGUGUCAGUCUAAGUGCUGGUGGUACAGGACAAUCAACACCAAUCACAGUGACAUUUGGUGAUGGACAACCUACAGCCGAUGUUACAGACUACUUACCUGUAUGUGUAGUGAUCAGUGGAUCAGGACCAUUCAUUCGACUGGAGAAGACUGAUGGUAGUCUAGUGUUGGCUGAGACAGGUGCCUUCUCACAACUUAGUGUUACACAAUUGAACUUCACAAUACAUCCUUUACUGGACACAUCAUACACUGGACUGUACCAUUGCAGAACAGCGAAUCGCAACUCUACACAGACAUAUCAACUCAACAUUGUAGCUCAACAAGUUCAUACAGCACCAUCCCCUACAUCACUGACAUUUACCAACACGGGUGCUACUCACAACAUACCAUGUAUGUCAAGUGGAAACUUUCCUCUCAAAGCAUCUUGGAGCUCAACAUUAUCUCCGGACUCGCAGAUGAUACAGACAACUAUGCCUGCCACUAUGGUGAACUCGACGUUCAGCUUCCAACAGAAUAAUUCCCAGAUAGUGUUUACAGAAAGUGAUACAUCAGGUGUUACCUUCAAUGUAACCUGUACUACAUCGUAUACUACAAACUUUGAUUGUAUUGGAAUGGGAUCAAGUCCUCCACGGCCACAAAGUGUCAUUGACAGAUGUGUGAAUGCCACCCAGGCAAUAUCUACCACUGUCUCUGUCACAAUCCAAGCACUAUGUCCAGAUCUCACUGACAGUGGUUUUAAUUACAAACCUAUUCCCGGUUUCAGCAGACAACCGGCGGGUACCCCAGUACCCAUCGAGUGCAGAACAGGUUUUCUGUCUAACAAUAGUAUGGAAAUAACCCAGUCUACAUGCCAGGGCAAUGGAAGGUGGCAACCAAGUCCACCAUUGUGUGAAAGCUGCUCUAUGGUUUGCAAUAAUGCGAGUGUUACCAGCUGUGCCAGGAUCACUGUGUCUAACAUACAAGGCAUAAAUUGCCCAUGUAACAGUAUUGAUGAAAUCUGGACAAGGUCUGCUCAGGACUGUGUGCCAACCCAUUGCCCCGCUCAAGAAGGAAACUCCCUCUUGGAUGAUAUUCCGAGAUUGGAAGUGAAUAAUUCAAUGUAUGUGGCUUGCAAUGAUAACUACACUUCAACGGAAAAAGGGAGGAACGUUACAUGUAUGCUGAACGGGACCCUGUCUAACCUACCAAAUUGCACAGUCAACUCAACACCCGGAUCAACACCUGGAUCAACAACAGGAUCAACACGUGAAUCCUGCACGACAACUAGCGCGGAAAAUCAAACCCAGACGUCAUACACACUUGGCAGUGUGAUCGGCGGUGUUGUCGGCGGGAUCUUUUUCGGGGUAAUAGCAACGAUGGUGGUGGUCACAAUAACAAAUCGGAAGAAACAAAGCAAACUGAUUCAGCCUGAAGUUCCGAGUCAGACACAAAAUGCAGCCUGUGAAGACGCUGAUGUUGCGGAGAGUUCCCUUACCAAAAGUGAUGCUUAUGGUGUCGUAGAAUCCGCCCCGCAACCACAGUAUGAAUUUGUUUGCCCGCAGUAACUCACUGAUUGGGUGCAUUUCAUCAUUUUCUGUAAUUUGGUUUGCUUCUCUGUGUUCUUUGCCUAUUGUUUUUCCUCAGCACAAUUCAUCUCAGUAUAAAUUCUUGCAUUUUUACCCCGUUGCAUCGAUUUUCCUAAUACGUUUUUUGACAAUUCCUCAGUUUGGUGUUUAGUUUUUAAUAGUUUUAUUCCAAGAAAUACGUGGCUGGGGCAGCCAAUGACCACUUUUCGUGGCGAUUGCAGGUUAUUUUAUAGCCAACCACAGCGUACUCUCCAUCGCAUCCUCUAUUCUCAUUCUAUCUUUGGAUUAUGUUGCUCUCCUAUCGUGGUCCCAGGGAAUUCAGGGAUUGACUUAAGGGCCGUCGCUCUUUUUCUUGCUGCUCAAAAGAGUUCAUUUCAAAAUCGAUUCCUUUAACUCACGUUGUCCUCAGCGCAGCAAACAACUCAUCUAUAGGUAGGCUAAUCACACACUUCAACAACUUCCCCCAAGCAAAACUUGCCAUUAAUCUCGUUAAUCCUUUUUCCAGGGUUAUUGGAGGCACUUAAUAUGUAGAUUGUUUUCCAUCAAGUAACUUGUAAUGUUGUUUCUUCUUUUCUAAUAUUCUCUGACCUACUCCAUAUGCAUACACACACUUCACCUCGUCCUUUCUUCUCAAUUCCUAUUCCGCGAUUAUUUCUCACUUUUCUCGUAUAAAACUAGUGCAUGUUUCUUUAAAUUUCAAGAUGUGUUUUUCCAAGUACAUGUAGGUUGCUAAAUAAAUAUCAAACUCCAUUGGAAAAAGAAUAUGAUUGAUGCA